AUGUCCCACCCAACCACCCACAACACCUACAUGCCCGGCUACGCCGCUCCUCAAGUGCGGCACCACGAAUGGCGCACCGCCGAAAAUAGCUGCCAAUUCCUUUUGCCUACCCUCACCUCCCUCGCCACCAACACCCCGACCCUCAAACUCCUGGACGUAGGCGCAGGCUCCGGCACCAUCUCCGCCUCCCUCGCCCGCUACAUCCCCCACGGCCACAUCACGGCCACGGACCUGUCGGAUGAGAUCCUACAACGAGCCGCCGACUAUGCAAAGGGGAAGGGUGUGAGCAAUAUCUCGUUCCGGGAAGCUAAUGUCUACCACCUCCCCUUCGAGGAUGAGAGUUUCGAUGUCGUGCACGCGAGUAUGGUGCUCAAUCACCUUGACGAUCCCGUGGCCGCUUACAGGGAGAUGCUGCGGGUUUGCAAGCCAGGCGGCGUGGUGGCGAAUCGCGAGUCCGAUGGGCGGAUGUACUCUUAUUACCCCGAGCUACCGGGGAUUCGGAAGUUCCUAGAUCUUAUGGUGUCGAGUUUGAAGGCGAGUGGAGGUGAUGUCACGGCUGGACCGAAGCUGGUCAGCUGGGCGAUGAAGGCAGGAGCGAGGAGGGAGCAGAUAACGGCGAGUAUGGGGACUUGGACGUAUAGUACGCCUGAGGAGAGGCAGAUGUGGGGUGGCACCAUGCUGGAACGAAUCAAGCACGGCGGGAUGCGGACGAUGGCUCUGCAGCACAAUCUCGCCACGGAGUCGGACAUGGACGAGAUGGCGCGAGACUGGGAAGCCUGGAUCGCUGCCGAAGACGGCGUGUUGGGGUUGAUGCACGGUGAGAUCUUAAUUAGGAAGUAG